UGCAGAGAUGGUAGUAAAACCUUCAACAACAUGUUUACGACACGAUACAAAAAGAAAAUGCUUUUUGAGUAUGUUACAGUGCCAUGACUGCUUGAGGAUCAGUCGUCAACUGUGCUUCUUUGCUUUCGCCGUUGCAGACGACCCUGACUACCACUUUCCAGAUGAUUUUGUCUUUGGUGCCGCUACUGCGUCCUACCAAGUCGAAGGUGCAUGGAACGAAGACGGAAAAGGUGAAAACAUCUGGGAUAGGGGUCUCCACGAGCACCCAGACUGGGUAGCUGAUAAGUCCAAUGGAGACAUCGCUUGUGACUCUUACCACAAAUACAAAGAAGACGUUCAACUCCUUAAAAAUCUGGGUGUAAACUUCUACCGUUUUUCCAUAUCUUGGUCUAGAAUUCUUCCAACAGGGAAAGCAGAUCAAAUUAACCAGGCAGGAAUUGAUUAUUACGACAACUUGAUUAAUGAGUUGUUGGCUAAUGGGAUUGAGCCUUACAUUACAAUGUUCCAUUGGGAUUUGCCACAGCCGCUCCAAGAUGAGGGUGGAUGGCCUGAGAGAAAAACUGCUGAUUAUUUUGUUGAUUAUGCAAAAGUUUUAUUUGAGAAUUUUGGGGAUAGGGUUAAACAUUGGAUGACUUUUAAUGAGAUAAUGCAGAUUUGUGAGGCAGGAUAUUCUGGGGGUAGUUUUGCUCCUUUUAUCAAAAAUCCUGGAAUUGGGGAUUAUGAAUGUACCCAUACGGUACUUCUCGCCCAUGGGAAAACUUACCGAUUGUACGAUAGUAACUUCAGAGAAGAACAGCAAGGUAAAAUCGGUAUUGCAAUCGAUUCCUUUUGGCACGAACCCAAUUAUCCUGACCGAGAAACGGACCAACAAGCUUCAGAAAUUGAUAUGGAGAUGAAUUAUGGAUGGUUUGUCAAUCCCUUCGUUAACGGCAAUUACCCAGACGUAAUGAUCGAAAGAGUCAAAAAGAACAGCAUUGCUGAAGGAUACAACAAAUCGCGUCUGCCAGAAUUUAGCUCCGAAGAACAAGAAAUGAUGAAGGGAACUUACGAUUUCAUCGGUUUGAACCACUACAGUUCUGAUAAAGUUUACCUAGCUGAUGAUGGUGCAGGGGACCAUCCGUCUCACUGGGCAGACACCGGUGUCAUAGGAUACCAAGACGCUUCAUGGCCAGGUUCAGCCUCUAAUUGGCUUAAAGUAGUUCCAUGGGGCAUUAAUAAACUAUUAGUGUGGAUUAAAAACCACUAUAACAAUCCACCAGUGCUCAUAACGGAGAACGGAUUUUCCGAUUAUGGUCAACUCGAUGACUAUGGUAGAGCUAACUACUAUAAAGAUUAUCUAUAUGAAAUACUAAAGGCUAUCCACGAACAAAAUUGUAACGUAAUUGGAUACACUGCGUGGAGUUUGAUGGACAAUUUUGAAUGGAUGUCUGGUUAUACACAAAAAUUCGGACUGCAUUUUGUAGACUUUGAUGAUCCAGAGAGACCAAGAACAAGGAAGUUAUCAUCAUACGUUUAUAACAAUAUUGUAACAACGAGACAUGUUGAUUGGGAUUAUUACCCUGACUGGCCACCAACUCAAGAUAAUACGAAACAAUAAAUUAAUGCUCAACUAGAUAUACUUUUUAAAUUAAUUAUUAAUGCCCGAUUGCCAGAACGAUAUCAUUAGAUGAAUUUUGUCGUUUUGGUAGUUACUGAGGUAGCUCUUAUCUGAUUGGUGUUUCUAUAGAAAUUGUGGAACCGAUAAAAUUUAUCAAACGAUAAAUCGUUUCAGAAACCGGGCGUAAUAAUCGAAUUAAAGAGAUUUUAAAGUUAAUGUUGGUUUAGAACGUGCCUAUACCUAUGGACUUGUUGACAAAAAUUUCACAUUCUAAACCAACAUUAAUUUUAAUUUCCCUUUAAUUCGAUUAUGAAACUGGCCCUAAGUGAUAUACACUGUGUCAAUUUUAAAACUUGCA